AUGCCACCUCACGGUCUCUGGCCCAUCCCGCGCCACCAUCUCUACAGCGGCACGACCCACCGCCCUACCUUCAACGCCCAGGAGUUUGCGACCGACGCCAACGAGCCGGACCGCCCAAUCCUCACCGCUAAUAUCUCCGAGACCAACAAGCCAGAACCCAGAGUUGCCACGGGAGCUGGUGCGGCUAUGAACAUUGACGGCGCUAUGGACACUGGAGGCAGGAACGGGAGCGAGCACGGUGUUAGCGACCGCAAGAGAAAAAAGGCGGAAAAGAGGGCAGACCGGGUGAAGAGAAAGGAAGAGAAGCUGCGCCGUAUGAGCAAUGCAACUUCACUGAUGGACUGUGUUGUGACUGAAGGCGCUCAUCAGGCGGCAGUCACUACAGCGCAGCAUCCAGCAGUGGUCCAUCUCGGGUCGUCGAAACCCCUCGGCAGGGCCAGGGCCAUUGCCACUCCUACUAUCGGCCACAAGCGCGUCAAGGAGGAGAAGGAGAAGAGUGCAAGUAAGGACACCAAUGCGGAGACAAACAAGAGCGCAGAUCGACACAGUUCCAUCAAGAUCGAGAAGAAACGCAAGCGCGUAAGCGAAGUCAAUGGUAACACUCACCCUACAGCUCCAAAGACGCGCUCGAACGAUCGGACAGUAAGUGAUUUCUGCAUCGGCCCGGACUUCGUGAAGGAGGUGCAAAGUGCAGUGGCUGGCAUUGGAAAUGCCUUCACGCGCUGUGUUCAGGAGCCGGAGCCGGAGGUAAAGAAGGUGAAGAAGGCGAAGGUAGAGAAAAAAUUCGAGAAGCAAGAGACCCCAACAUUGAGAGCAAGUGAGCAGUCAAUUGGCGUUACGGCUGGGUUAGGCGUAACCCGUUCUCCAUCGAAGACGCAGAAGAAGCAAAAGGGCGAAACAGGUAAUGCCCGGGGCCCCGACCAACAAUCCGCAGCAUCUGCGCCCAGGAAAACUCCCAUACCACUGCCAUCGCCGCCCAGGCCGACAACGUUUGAGGAGUUCCACCAAUCUCCUGCCUGGAAGAAGGCAGUCAUCAACGACCUCCCAGAGACUCCUCCGUCCCUAGCUUAUAGAAGCGCACUUAUUAAGACACCGAUUCCACUACCCAAAUUACCACCCAUCCGGCUUCAUACUUCCGUGGAAGUACUUGGAAGCCGUCAGGAGCCGUCCGCACCCUCAUCUACGCCAACAUCCGCUCAGCCGCAAAGGACCUACGAGUCUACUGCAAUUGCUACUAAGAGACUGAAGCAACCUUUGACGGAUGGGCCGAAACCGAAGCCAAAGCCACGGGCCAAACGCGGUCGGUCCUUGUCGUCAUCCUCUGCCGCAUCCUCACACUCUUCUUCCGUCAGUAUUGCAGACAUGUUCGCCCGCGCCCCAAAAGCACAUGCAAAAUCGGACAGAACGACUAGCUUUUCGGGGCAGGCAAUACAAACCCAGAAGCAACAAUCAGGCGGAACGCACCGCGGACUCACUCUAGAGAAGUUCAACUCGCUUUACCAUGAGAUUCAGCAGAUCAUGAACUUCGAGGCGGAGCAAAAAUAUCUGAACCAGUACCAGGACUGGCAGGUCGAAAAUUCUUAUACAGAGUACGCUUUUCCCUGCCUCGGUGCCGGAAGUGGCUGCACCCCUAAAAAAGAAGGCAUCCUCCGCAUUAGCCGGGAGACAGACAACCUCAGCAUCAAGAAAGCCGUAGCUGCCAGCGGCGGCGACACUGCCGCGUUGCAGGAAGCCGCUGAGCGCGGUAUGCAAGCUGAGAAGUUCCUCAAGCAUGCCAUCCGCGCACGCAUUCCCGUCCCUAUCGGUCAAUUGGAAGGCAUGUGGACUCUCUACUGCCCUCAGUACAGCGCUCAUCACUACGACCGCUAUGGAUAUGGCGCUCGCACAUUGACCAUUUCCCCCAUCGCUGGUUUCAAAGACAAGAAUGUAUACACUGCUCGCUUGACUAUCCCCCCACGCUCAAUGGCAUAUUCGAUCCUCACUUUCUCCGUCCCGCCGCAUGCUAGUUUCCGCACCACAGAGGUGAAGACGGCGCCAGAGGGGUACACGAUGGAUCUUGUCUUUCUUGGGAAUGGGUAUUUGAAGCUUAGGGUGGAUCUGAAUCUGCUGCUCAAGGGGAAGCCGACAGAGCAUGUGGGUGGCAGGAAGGUGUGGAUGGAGUUCUUGGGAGUGAAUGAAGGCGCCGUGGAGUGGGACGCUGGGAAGAAGGAAGAAAGAGAGAAAGAGAUGAGGGAGCUGUUUGCGAAGUUUGGGGGGUUGGAAGGUUGA